AUGAAUAGUAAAAAGAGAGAGGGAGGGACCGCACAAAAGAGGCAACACAGUGGACACAAAGCGCACGAGAGAAGAGGCACUGAGAGAGAGGGAGGGACCGCACAAAAGAGGCAACACAGUGGACACAAAGCGCACGAGAGAAGAGGCACUGAG